AGAUUGUGUCAGUUCGUUGUGUAUAGGCCUACUACAACAUGUCAGAUAUAUUGUUAGACGUCAUCAAAACACCAGGUCCUGAAAUAAACGUGACCCUCUGCUUUGUAAUUUGUAAUCAAAAUGUGACUGCUUACUAUACCUGCCGCUCGUGUCAGCGACCGCUACUUGUAUAAUAAGGACUAUAUAUAUAUAUAAAGAAUGAUACGUACCACGCGGAAACAUAACCCUCGGCUGUUGUGACUUGGAAUAUAUUCAAAGAGUGGCCAAUAUGGCCACAGGGCUGCCAAACUAUAAAGUGAUUUUGUGUGGAGAAUACGGGGUUGGCAAGAGCUCUAUUUUCCGCAGAUUCAUGAAUAAUACUUUUGUCAAUCAAACGGGAAAGAAGUCAACAAUUGGCCUUGACCAGAGUUCUCGGGUUUAUGUAAUUGGAGGCACAGAGGUCAAGCUGACAUUAUGGGACACUGGUGGGAUGGAGAGAAUGAGCUUCAUUGGUUCCAGCUACUACCGUGGUGCCCACGCUGCCCUACUCUGCUACAACUACAACAACAGAGAGACGUUUACAAUACUGUCCCAGUACAUCCUCGACAUUGUGAUGAAUGCUGAGGGAGCUAAGAUAUUUCUGUGUGGCAACAUGAUCGAGUCGACAGGGGACCACGAUCCGGUGACGGAGGCCGAUCUCGACAGCUUCAUGGGUGAGUGUGCGGACGUGCUGUCGGGCGUGUACAGGGUAUCGUGCCGGGACAACGUUGGCGUGGACGACAUGUUUGAAGACAUGACCAGGGUGUUGCACGAUGAUGCCGUCAGCCGCAUGACGCUGAGAAGAGACUUUGUGAUCCGGCCCGGGGAAACACCUGAGGUAGAGCCUUCAAAGAAGAGGUGUUGUUGAUGUUCAUCGGGCAGUAGACGGAGACAUUUUAGCUUCUUUUAUUUAGGGAUCAGGGGCCUAAUAUGAUAUACUGGCAGAUAACACCCGAGGUAGAGCCUUCAAAGAAGAAGUGUUGUUGAUGUUCAUCGGGCAGUGGAGAGACAUUUUAGCUUCUUUUAUUUAGGGAUCAGGGGCCUAAUAUUAUAUACUGGCAGAUAACACCCGAGGUAGAGCCUUCAAAGAAGAAGUGUUGUUGAUGUUCAUCGGGCAGUGGAGAGACAUUUUAGCUUCUGUUAUUUAGGGAUCAGGGGCCUAAUUCACAAAGCAGGGUUUCUGCCAGAGGGUAAAACGGGUAUGGCGCCAUACCUAAAUUUGUUUGUAGAUUUAAUUUUUAUAAGUUGUCCUUUUGACAAAAUUAUUGACUCUUAUCAUUACUGUAUGAUUUUCUUAACCCUAACCCUAAACCUAACCUAUUUUCUUUCUGGGGGAGGCCCCCAAUACCCCCUAUCGACUGCAGUUGCAUAUAGCGCCAUACCCAAAAAUUAUCUUAAGCUCUCUUAGGCAACAUUGUAACAUCCUUUCAAGUCUUUUUUUACCUGCAUUAAGAGAUUGCAAAGUUGUGAGAGUUUAGUUAAUUAGGUUCCAGGCAUUUAACAAACAAACACUAUGACCGGAUGAAAAAUAAAGCAUUGAUGAGGCGAAUAAGCCGUAUAAUUGGUAUAAAUUUAUUAUAGGUUAUGUGUAUUUGCCCAUCAAUUUUAUAAGUAAAUUAUUCUUUUAUUCAAAACUCCCCUACCCCCACCCAUCUUUCUACAAGAUGUCGGGUUUUUUAAAUACAUCUUUUCAGCCCAAUUCCUUUUUUGGGGUAUGCUUGUAAAAAUGGGCAACAUGUGUGAUCUUUAAAAUGUCUCAGUUGGAAUAUAUACAUUUUGUAGUGUACUGGGAUUAUUGUUAUGUUAAGCUUUAACUAACGACUGGAUUGUGCCAGACAUUUUUAUAAUAGUGGGAUUUUGUAUGUACCUUUUAGAAGUAUUUCAAAUAGACCAUACAUUUUAGUCAGAAAUCUCUACAUGUAUGUUGUUAAAGGACAAAGUAUCUUUUAUGAAGGAGAUUCAGAUUGUAACAAUCCAAUGCUGAAUGCCAAUCAACUUACAGUGCCACAGUUAAAGCGACAUACCCUAGUUUUUAAUAAUGCACGUUUGUCUAAGAAGUAACGGUUAAUGAGACGAGCUCUAGUUAUUUUUGACAGUAUUUCCCUGUUUAAACAUCACAUACUUUAGCUUCUCUCUGUUAUAACCAAAUGUGUGUUGCAGGUUUGUAGAUUAACUAAACUUUGUGUCUAUUUUUACGAGCUGAAACUAGGGUCUGUGCCAUUAAUGGAUGGCUCAGUGAUCUACGAAUAUAAUUGUUAAUUCAUACAGCUAGGUUUCCCAAAACCCCACACUUGUAUGUGUUAAAUAUAAUCUGUAUGCAGACCACUAACAACUAACCGCAAAGGCCAUUUCAGAUGUAUCACUUGGUGAAGGCAGGAAGCACAACUUUUGGUAUACCCACCUAACCAGGUACCCAUAAAAUAAACUUAUUUAAACCAAGGAAGCAUGGAGAAAGCCUUACUACAGAAAACUAAUUGGGCAUAAAAUAAUAAUUUGAGUACCUUCCCCUUGUGAUCAUUUGUGUAACAGCCCUAACUGCGUAACCCACUGUCCUAGACUGUCUACACAGCGUGUUUGAACAUUAAUUGGCUUUAAGUACAAAGAUAAAUAAUAUGGAUAAAAAUCCAGAGUAUAUGCAUACAUGUAGGUAAACAGUGUGGAUAAAUAGGCAAUCUGUCAUUGUGUACUUGCGUAUUCAAUCUGCACUUUAUAUAUCUCGUGAAUGAACAGGCACUUGUUCGGGCUGUCAUGUUACAGGUACGCAGUGUAAUAUCAAGGAUAUUGUAUAGGGGAGGUUGUAUAUUUAUAAUGAUGCAGUUACCAUAAAUACUUGAUUACAAGAGGGUGGGGUGUUUUUGUUGUUUUUUACAUGUGUUUAGAUGUAUUGUUGCCAAGGGUGCUACAUGUAUUUUCAGAAUCUUCCAGGGUUCUAGGAUCUUAAAUGUGCUUGUCCCAGAGGCAAAUGUGUGUGUUAAAGAGACAAGUAAUUUUGAACUGGUCUCUUGUAUAAGGCAGCAAAACAUCCAUGUGAUAUACUUAAAACAUCCAACAUAUCACAGUAUAAUGUAUAACUGAUCAUUUUGUAAGUUUACUGUGGUUUUCAGUUGACUUCUCCAAUCCAGGUCUUCUACAAUUUUUAUAAAAAUCCACUAGCCAUGGGAUCAAUGAGUUCAAAUUCACUAGCCCUUCUUUAAGUAAAUACAAUUUUACUAAUCAUCAGAUACAUCACCUAAAGACGAGAAUGAAGCUUAAAACCCUUUGAUUUAGUGGGGAGGGGGCAGGAUAUUCACAUUUACAAAACUGACUUACAUGCAGCAUUUGACAACUUUGUUUUUCACUAACCAUCGGGCAUGGAGCUAGUAGUUCUUUACUAGCCCAACAUUGACUAUCACUAGCCAUGUGAGUGGGGCUACCAUAAUCUAGAAGUCCUGCAGUCGGACAAGUUCUUAGAACAGUUUACUUGUCCUACACCCAAAACUACUUGACUCGGAAAAACAGACAAACCAUAUAGCGUACAUUUUGGUACAUGUAGAGCCCUGGCAUGGUUCAUCUUGUUAUUCUUCAAAACCAGGAUGAUUUUGAAAAGGCUGGCAGUGAUCAAAUAUAUGUGGUAAUUUCUUUAGUAAUAAUUUUCAACCAGCCUGUACAUACCGUAAUACAUGUGUGCCAUACAAAGCAUCAUAUUGAUGUUGGCUAAUUUUAAAGGGACAUUCCUGAGUUUGCUGCAAUGUUUAAGAUGUUGUCAACUAACAGAGACUUUUUGAUGACUGUAAUUACAUAUCAAAUAUAUUUUUCUGCAUAAAAUA